GCUGGGCUAUCAAGGUCCCUGGCUAACUGGCACGCUUCACGUCAUCCCCCACCAGCCAACGCAGGAACAUUGCAAAACACAGUCGCAAGAAACCACCUACCGCACCACAAUCACACAAGCCAUGAUCAACGCAUUCCUAGUCUUCAACGGCCAAGGCCAGCCUCGCCUAACAAAGUUCUACACCCAACUGGAAACCUCCAUCCAGCAACGGCUCAUCUCCGAGAUCUUCACCUUGGUUUCCAACCGCGCCCCCGGAUCCUGCAACUUCCUGCCUUUACCACCCUUACUGGCCGCCUCAGGCACCUCCUCGUCCUCCUCCUCGGCCACAGAACAGAAUGAUGUCCCCUCCCUCGUAACCUACCGUCACUACGCUACACUCUACUUCAUUGUCAUUUCAACAUCCACCGAGUCCCCACUGGCACUAAUCGAUCUUAUUCAAGUCUAUGUUGAGGCGCUGGACAGAUUAUUUGAGAACGUCUGUGAGCUGGACUUGAUCUUCAACUUUGAGACGCUACAUGCUACACUGGGCGAGAUGAUCGUGGGCGGCGUGGUAAUAGAGACGAAUAUGGAGCGCAUUGUUGCGGGUGUAAGGGCACAAGGAGCAGUGGCCAAGAGGCCAGUCAAUGAGGGAUCAAGGGGUGGCGGAGGAGCAGGACUGGGAGCUAUGGCUGCUGCUGGAUUCCAGGGAAUGGGUGGGAACUUUGUCUGGCAUGGCAGGUGAUAUUUUCCAUGACACCCAAAAGACAGACGAGAACCAAGCAUCAAUAUGUUGGUAUACAAACGGCCGCCAUUUAUUGCAGGGUAUUCCGACGCCAGAACUCCGGAUGAUGAGAACACUAUAAUACAGGUAGGAGGGUGUUGGAACCAAGAGUCUAAGGUCUCUUGGGCUUGGGCUGCUGGGCAGGUUCCAGCGCUCUUGUAUCUUCGGUAAAGGAGCCGAAGAAUCCCCAAAAUGACUCCCGAAUCUUUUGUGAGGCUGUUAGAAGGAUGGAGCAGGAGGGAAAGGUGGGAUAGAUGGCUUACUCCGCCAUAAGGAUUCGGCAUUUCCUUCCAAUCCAUAAAGAGGGCCGUAUAUACAAGCACAACUACAGAGAGGCCAAUUAAUACAAUAUCACUUGACAGCACGGGGA